CCGUAGAACGUCCCAGCCGAAAUCCGCCCGCCACGAUCGAUCAGUCCACAAUCGUCGGCCCGCAGCGACCCGCAGCGAUGGAUGCCGCCGCCCCCCCGGCCCCUGCGGCUGACGCGCCGAUGCACGACCGGCCUCCGUCGGAUGGCUCUCCGGCCUCUCCGGCCGCUGACGCGGCCGCCCAUGCUGCUGCCGAUCCGGUCCCUCUCACGCUCAGCGAUAUCCGCACAAGCUACGACAACUUUGAGGUCGCCGGCUUUGGCCAGGUGAGGGGCACGACUACCCGCCUGGAAGGCGCUCUCAUCAGCAAGUCACCCAGGCACCAACUCCUGGGCGUUUACGCUUGACUACGAAACCAUGCAGUGGAUGCAGCUCGAUCAAAACGGCGACGCCAACAGCUGGUCCCUGGGCGAGUUAACUCGCCCAGGAUGAGGUGCGAGUCAUGAUGCUCGACCCAGCGUGCACCAAGUCGCUCACAUUCCGUGAGUUCGUCAAGGGCGACUGCGAUCUCGAACUCCGACAACUGGACCGGUGCACCAGCCGCGGAGGACGAUGGCUCCCUCGACGACAUCCCUUCAUCGACGGACGCCUUCACCGCCGCCGGCCCUGGGCCAUCCAGCGCGGCCUCCGACUGGCUGCCGCAGCUCACACCCUAAUCGAUCUGCCUUAGGCACGGAGCCAACGGAGCCAUCGCGCAUGCCCGCAUCGCGUGCGGCUCCGAGGUCUCCCGCCGAGACCGGCUCGGCGCGGCGCGUGGCCGCACGCCGCCGUUGAAAAGGCGAGAUAGGACCGAGGGGAGAGCGCCGGCCACAUCGAGCGAGCGCUGACGUGUAAGGUGUCUGUGCUGCUCGGGUGUGUGUGGGAUUCUGCCUCCCCCCCCCCCCCCCCCAUCUGUGCGGCGAGUUGUUUGCGGCGCGAUGCCCGAUCGUGCGCGAUAGCCUCCCAUUGUGCGUGGUGUGUCGGUGUGUGUCGGGGUCGUCCGGAGCGUGUGGCGGCGCCGUUGCAUGCAGCGACUGCUCCACGUGCUUUGACUGACGUGACUGACUGAUGAGACAUGAGUGCUGAUGGAUG